AUGGAAUUCACAGUUCCAACUCUUGCCAGCUUCCAUGCAGAAUGGAGAAGAUACAAUGGAGAAGAUGGCCGAGAGUUCUGUUGGAAAAAAGGUAACAAGGAAAGCACCAAUGAUUCCUCAUUCACAGAAUCUGUCUUGGUAGGACUUUCUGCCCACCCAAAGCUGAAGUUUGUUUUAUUUGUGGUAGUUUUAUGUAUGUAUCUGAUAAUCCUGCUUGCAAAUGGAGUCCUUAUCACAGCAAUGUUCUACGAUUCUCACCUAAACACCCCCAUGUAUUUCUUUCUCUGUAAUCUUUCCUUCUUGGACAUUUGCUACACAAGCUCUUCCGUCCCACUUAUUCUUGACAGCUUUCUGACAAUAAGGAAACGAGUUUCCUUCUCUGGAUGUAUGGUGUAAAUGUUUCUCGCCUUUGCAAUGGGGGCCACAGCUGUGCUUUUUGGCAUGAUGGCACUUGAUCGCUAUGUGGCCAUUUGCUCCCCACUGAGAUACCCAGUUAUCAUGAGUAAGGGUGCCUAUGUGUCUGUGGCAGCUGUAUCCUGGGUCUGUGGGAUUUUUAUUUUUGUUCAGACACUGCUCACCAUACAAUUAUUAUUCUGUACAAAUAAUGUCAUUAACCAUUUUAUCUGUGAAAUUCUAGCUAUCCUGAAACUGGCCUGUGCUGAUAUUUCAAUCAAUGUGAUCAGUUUGGCAGGGUCAAACCUAAUUGUCCUGAUUAUCCCAAUGCUAGUGAUUUCCAUCUCAUACACUUUCAUUGUUGCUACCAUCUCACGGAUCCGUUCUAUUAAAGGAAAACGUAAGGGCUUCUGCACUGGCUCAGCUCACCUGACAGUGGUGAUUAUAUUCUAUAGAACUAUCUUCUUCAUGUACGUAAAGCCCAGGUCUAAAACCCCCAUGGUACAGGCCCUCAUUUCCCUCUUCCAGGCUGUGGUAACUCCAAUGCUCAAUCCUCUCAUUUACACUCUGAGGAACCAGGAUAUAAAGGCUGCUAUCAAGAACAUGUGGGGUAGAAAGUAA